AGUGUUGCCAAUUGAAGCAGUUUAAUGGAAAUAGGGAUGCUUGAAACAUAUUCUUGUAGGAAUGUCUUUCUUUUCGAAUAAGUUUUCUCAUAAAAAGCCUGCUCCAAGAAGAGUCCCGUUACCUGGAACUAACAGAGAAUUUGUGCCAGAGGACCUCGGCUUAGAAAUUGGGCCAGUAAAAUUAAAACUGGGAGAUCAGGAAUCAAUUUUUGUUAAUGGAGAAUGGGUUCCAGAGUCUGGCCCUGAGAGUGGAACACACAAGGAAAAUCGUAAACUCAGACAGUGCAUACAGAAACUUGAAGAUGAAAACAACUUGUUAAAACUGAAAUUUGAAAUUUUACUUGAUAUGCUGACACAAAAAACAGCAGAAUCUCUUUUGCAAGAUAAUCAGAUCAAACAAACAACUCCAAAAGGAAGUUCUGGACACUUCAAGAACAUCCCAAAGAAACAUAAAUAGAAGAUUUCUAGCUCCUCAGUAAUAUUGUGGUUGAAUUUUUCUCCCAGUAUCACACUGCAGAAUUUGUCAUUUUUAGAAGAUGUGAACUGUAAAUUCUGGUAACUUCUGUAGGUUCAGCUGAUGAGAUACACUUGCACAAACAAUCAUGAAAACUUCUCCAUGUGUGCACGCACAAAUGCUGGUUUAGAUAAAUGUGUUUAUUGUGUGUUCUCUUUUGUGCCUUUAACCCACUGGAAUAUUAAGUUUCAAAAUCAUGAAAUUUGCACAUUCACAUUUCACAGCUGUCAGAGUGAUUUGCUCAAGUGGUAAGCAGCAAAGUAUGAUUUUGGAUUAAUAAGAUCAUUUUGUACAAAAAUUCUGUAUGCUUUGAUGCAGUAUGUUGUAGAAAAAGUAUUCCAAUAAAGAUUACGGAACAGUG